AUGCCAGCUUCUGACCAGAUUCCCGCGAUGUCAACUCCGAAUACAGCUGAGGUGUCCCCGUCAUUUUCAGCAAGCGCACAACAAACAGGUCAAUUCAAAGACACUAUCACCAUCACAAAAGCUGUGCCGACAGAGUUUCAUAGGUUCCCUGACUUGCCUGCCGAACUUCGCUUGCAAAUCUUGAACUCUCACUCUCCUCCAACGCCUCGAACCAUCGGUAUUCGAUUUCGCUGGAACAACACAAAAUCCAAAUGGGUGAAACAUAUUACGUGCUUUAAUGGCCCCAGAAUUCCACCAAUGUUACACAUAAGCCAAGCGUAUCGAAGUUUGGCUCUGGGAUCAUAUGUGCGGUUUUUCGGAGUAGUUCAUAUUGGACGCCAGUCUGGGGAGAGCGAACAGCCACCAGGAUAUUUUUCUAGAUUGGGUUGGGCAGCUGUGUACAUUGAUUUCGCAAAAGACAUCAUAGAUAUGGAUGGCUCUCAUAUCUCUUACGUGGGGCUUAAUGGGCUUGGAUUUGACGGAGAUGGACAUGAUCGAAGGGCGAAACUUGUUGAUGGUGAAUCCAGAAGCGUCGAAGGUUAUACCCAGUUUGAGGAGCUCGUACAAAAUAUCUACCUGUGGGAUUUUCCAAACACUGCAAUGAUUAAUGCUCUGACCCGUUUCAAGCAGCUGAAGCACCUCAGUCUUCGGAAACUACUUUCAGACUCAAUCCACCCUAAGUGGAGACAACAGCGGCUGGAAAAGUGUGUUGUCACUGUUUUCAAGAAUGCAAAUAGACAGGUGCCAGAGAUAGGUGAUUGGACGAGCUAG